UUCAGUCUUCACUUGGGGCAUCACUCCAAGCUAACACUGUAGAAGACUUUAUUAUCCAUCCAUCCUCCGCUUGAGCCGAGUCGAAAGACACAAGACAAGAAACGCCCCCGCCGCCAGGAAGCCAGAGGCCGACGCAGAGGCAGGAGGAGGACAGCGAUGGGCGGCACCGGCGAGUGCAAGCCUUCGCUGCCGGCGGGCGAGGCCAAGGCGGCCCCGGUGGACAGGGCCCUGCACGCGCUGGGCUUCGAGUUCACCCUCAUCACCCCGCGGGAGGUCGUCGGCCGCCUCCCCGUCACCGAGACGUGCUGCCAGCCUUUCAACUGGCUCAACGGCGGCGUCUCGGCGCUGAUGGCGGAGACGACGGCGAGCAUCGGCGGGUACGUCGCGUCGGGGUACCGGAGGCUGGCCGGCGUGCAGCUCUCCAUCAACCACGUCGGGCCCGCGCGCCUCGGCGACGUCGUCCAGGCGCAGGCCACCCCCAUUCAGCUCGGCCGCAAGAUACAGGUUUGGGAGGUUCAGAUAUGGCGGAUAGAUCCGUCCACAUCAGAGUGCAAAGAUUUGGUAUCAACAGCAAGGGUUACCUUAUUAACCAACCUAUCAACACCAGAGGAGAUGAAGAGCUAUGAAGUAGGCCUCAAGAAACUUGCAAAGUUGUAGGGAGCAGCUCAAGAUAUGUAACUUACAUUGUUGCAUACAGGUGUAAAAUAAAAUAUCUCCUCAUCAACUGUCAGUCUUUUGUGGAAAGCUUUGGGUUCAAGGCACAGUUUCUUACUUUCA